AUGAACAGGUUCUUGUCCCGGGCCUGCCUUGCUUGGGCAGUGCCGUCUCCACCGAUCUGCCGCCUGCUCAGCUCUUGCACUUUCUCCGUGUUGCCCGGUGCGGAAUUGUCCUCGUGGGAGUUCUGUAAGUGUCAGGUUGUAGUCGAGACAGAUCGAGGUCUGAGCCUAGCUUCGCAAGUGGAGCAAUACAACGGCAAAGGUAGUUCCUCACCUCCAGUAGUGGAACUGAUUACCCCUGGUCUUGGUGGAACAGUCUUCUGUGUAUCAGAAGAUGUGCGGGGUUUUGACCCACCGCAUCAAAGCGAUACAAGAACUAUUUAUAUAGCAAAUCGUUUUCCCCAGCAUGGCCAUUAUGUUCCUCAGAAGUUUGCAGACAACAGAAUCAUCUCAUCCAAGUACACAGUGUGGAAUUUUGUUCCAAAAAACUUAUUUGAGCAGUUCAGAAGAGUAGCCAACUUUUAUUUUCUGAUUAUAUUUUUGGUUCAGCUCAUGAUAGAUACCCCUACCAGUCCUAUCACCAGUGGAUUGCCAUUAUUCUUUGUCAUAACUGUGACAGCCAUAAAACAGGGUUACGAAGACUGGCUACGCCAUAAAGCAGACAAUGAAGUAAACGGUGCUCCUGUUUAUGUUGUUCGAAGUGGUGGCCUUGUAAAAACUAGAUCUAAAAACAUUCGGGUGGGGGACAUCGUCAGAGUAGCCAAAGAUGAGACUUUUCCCGUUGACCUGGUGCUUCUGUCAUCUGAUCGAGUCGAUGGAUCAUGCCAUGUUACUACCGCAAGCUUGGAUGGAGAGACCAAUCUUAAGACACACGUUGCAGUCCCAGAAACAGCAGUGUUGCAGUCCGUUGCCAACCUGGACAAGCUUGUAGCUGUCAUAGAAUGUCAGCAGCCAGAAGCAGAUCUAUACAGGUUUGUUGGAAGAAUAACUAUAAGUCAACAAACUGAAGAAAUCGUACGACCUCUUGGGCCUGAAAGUCUCUUACUUCGUGGAGCAAGAUUAAAAAACACUAAAGAAAUAUUUGGUGUUGCAGUGUAUACAGGUAUGGAGACAAAGAUGGCAUUAAAUUACAAGAGUAAAUCUCAGAAACGGUCAGCAGUAGAAAAGUCCAUGAAUUCCUUUUUGAUCAUUUACCUAAUGAUCCUCCUCUUUGAAGCCAUUCUGAGCACUAUUUUAAAGUAUGCAUGGCAAGCUGAAGAAAAAUGGGAUGAGCCGUGGUAUAAUGAAAAAACAGAGCAUGAAAGAAACAGCAGUAAGAUUCUGAGAUUUAUUUCAGAUUUUCUUGCUUUUCUGGUACUUUACAAUUUUAUUAUACCUAUUUCACUUUAUGUGACUGUUGAGAUGCAGAAGUUUCUUGGAUCUUUUUUUAUCGGCUGGGAUCUUGACCUCUAUCACGAAGAAACAAACCAGAGAGCACAAGUGAAUACUUCAGACCUCAAUGAAGAAUUGGGACAGGUAGAGUAUGUGUUUACAGACAAAACCGGUACAUUAACUGAAAAUGAGAUGCAGUUUCGGGAGUGCUCCAUUAAUGGCAUAAAGUACCAAGAGGUCAACGGUAAACUAACUCCGGAGGGGUUCUCUGAAGAUUCUCCAGAUGGAAACAGGCAUAGUUUGAUGAAAGAGGAAGAACUCUUCUUGAAAGCCGUUUGUCUUUGUCAUACAGUGCAGAUCAAUGCAGAUCAAACAGAUGGCGCUGAUGGUCCCUGGCUUGCCAAUGGAAUAGCAUCCCCACUGGAGUAUUACGCUUCUUCACCAGAUGAGAAAGCUUUAGUUGAAGCUGCAAGCCGGGUUGGAGUGGUAUUUACUGGAACUAGUGGGGACAGUAUGGAAGUCAAAAGUCUUGGGAAACAGGAAAGGUAUAAAUUGCUUCAUGUUCUGGAGUUUGAUCCGAAUCGCAGACGAAUGAGUGUCAUCGUAGAGAGUCCCUCAGGGGAAAAGCUUUUAUUCACAAAGGGAGCAGAAUCUUCCAUUCUUCCUCGUAGUAAGAGUGGAGAAAUAGACAAAACGAGGCUACAUGUGGAUGAAUUUGCUUUGAAAGGACUCAGAACUUUGUGCGUAGCCUACAGAAGGUUCACACCUGAGGAAUAUGAAGAAAUUGGCAAACGCCUUCACGAGGCCAGGACUGCCUUACAACAACGGGAAGAAAGAUUAUCAGAUGUAUUCAACUUCAUAGAAAGGGAUCUGGAAUUACUUGGGGCUACAGGAGUAGAAGACAAACUGCAGGAGAAAGUCCAAGAAACCAUAGAAGCACUCAGGCUGGCUGGUAUCAAGGUGUGGGUACUCACUGGAGAUAAGCACGAAACGGCGGUUAGCGUCAGUUUAUCAUGUGGACACUUCCACCGAACCAUGAACAUCCUUGAGCUCGUGCAGCACAAGUCGGACAGUACAUGCGCAGAGCAACUGAGGCAGCUAGCCAAGAGAAUAAAGGAAGACCAUGUUAUCCAGCAUGGACUGGUUGUGGAUGGGACCAGCCUCUCUCUUGCACUCAGGGAACAUGAAAAGCUGUUCAUGGAAGUUUGCAAAAACUGUUCUGCAGUGUUGUGCUGUCGCAUGGCACCCCUUCAGAAAGCGAAGGUAGUGCGACUGUUAAAGACGUCUCCAGAGAAACCUAUAACCUUGGCGAUCGGUGAUGGUGCUAACGAUGUGAGCAUGAUACAAGAGGCACAUGUUGGCAUAGGAAUCAUGGGCAAGGAAGGAAGGCAAGCUGUAAGGAACAGUGACUAUGCAAUAGCACGGUUUAAAUUCCUCUCCAAGUUGCUUUUUGUUCAUGGGCACUUUUACUAUGUUAGAAUAGCAACCCUUGUACAGUACUUUUUUUAUAAGAAUGUGUGCUUUAUUACACCACAAUUUUUAUAUCAGUUCUUCUGUUUGUUUUCACAACAAACGCUCUAUGACAGUGUAUACCUGACUUUGUACAAUAUUUGUUUCACUUCCUUGCCUGUCCUAAUAUACAGCCUUUUUGAACAGCAUGUGCAUCCGCAUGUAUUACAGAGUAAACCUGUGCUCUAUAGAGACAUCAGUAAAAAUGCCCACCUGGGAUUUAAACCCUUUCUUUACUGGACCAUCUUAGGCUUCUUUCAUGCGUUUGUUUUCUUUUAUGGCUCGUAUCUUCUAAUGGGAGAAGACACUUCUCUGCUGGGAAAUGGCCAGAUGUUUGGGAACUGGACAUUUGGUACUUUGGUCUUCACCGUUAUGGUUAUAACUGUUACGAUGAAGAUGGCACUAGAAACUCACUUCUGGACAUGGAUAAACCAUUUCGUUACGUGGGGAUCCAUUGUGUUUUAUUUCAUAUUCUCCUUGUUUUACGGGGGAAUUAUCUGGCCAUUUUUACAUACCCAGGAUAUGUACUUUGUAUUCGUUCAGCUGUUGUCCAGUGGUUCUGCUUGGUUUGCCAUAAUCCUCAUCGUCGUCGCUUGUUUGUUUCUUGAUGUUGUGAAGAAAGUGCUGUACAGACAUCUGCAACCCACAAGUACUGAAAAAGCCCAGCUUACUGAGGCAGGUUCAGGUGUCAACUGCUUGGACUCCAUGUGCUGCUUCUCAGAUGGGGAAACAGCAUGCGCAUCUGCUGGAAGAGUGCUGGAACGACUGAUGGGGAGGUGCAGUCCCGCCCGGGCCAGCAGAUGGUGGAGUUCAUCGGACCCCUUCUAUGCCAGCGACAGAAGCAUCUUGACUCUCUCCACCAUGGACUCGCCCACUUGUUGACAGGGACGUUUGUAAAUGCCGUGGGAGGCCAGGUGCUGCUCACGCCGGUAGCAGGCUCUGGAGCAAGCUCAGGGCUGCGUCCCUGCCCUGGGAGGGACGAGCGUGACUCCUCGAUGGCAGCCGGGGCUUGGCUGGGGGCCUGGCGUGUCUCGCCUGGGCAGCAGUCGCUUCCAACACUUUCUCUAAUUAUAUCCACAGAUCGCUAUAUAAUUUUUAUUCAUGAGUGCUUUUACCUCUGACCAUUUACCCUUUUUGUUACCACGCGAGCAGAUUGGAAUCCUGCGUUUGGUACUUGAGACGUCGCCGUAGUGCGGCGGCAAAGUCUGCUCCCAAAUCGGAGUAAUCCCAUAGCGCUGAGUCUGCGCAGCGGAACCUGUGACGCCUGCGUUCUUGGCGGCGACGCUUGGUGUCAAGCACACAGGUUCAUCCUGAGCCCUCGCUUGCAGAUGGUGUCCCAGCAGUUUGCAAAUCAGUUUUGUUAUUUCCAUGGACAGUUACUCCAGUCUAUAACCAAUCAGUUUGAGAAUUUUUGAGAGUUAAAUACAAUUCAGAGAUUUAUGCUGGUGUGCGAAUGGCAAUCUAUUGGUCACGGCUUUGAAAAACACUCUUAGCUUUUACAAAUCAAUAGCUUGGAAUAAAAAGGGAUUUAACAGGUCAGCAUUCUCUGAAAGUGUAAUUCAGUCGUCUUCCGUUACGCCCGGGCUUGUUAACAGUUCUUGAUCUUGCCCUGGAGAUGCGCAAGAACAGGGGGCUUGUGCAGAAUUCCCACUAGCUUAAAUUUUUUUAAUUCUUAAUGGUUUAAAAAUUGGGGGGGUUUUGCAUGUUUUAUUCUUUUUCAUGUAUUUAUAUUUGGUCAUGUUGUACUUUGAAGAUACAAUUACUGCUUAAUUACCUUCAUAAAGCUGAAGGAUCUGGGGCACGGGUGGCGAUGCUUUGAUACCCAAGAAUGCCAAUAAAAGCAGCUUGCACAGACAGAGCUUUCGGUGUGCAUCUCGCAGGGUGUCCCAGUACCCACGCGUCCGCGGGCUUGGGGCCGGGUGGCGGCCUCUGCCUCGCCCUUCAGCGAGGGUGGUGAAACCCAGGGCCAGCCACGAAACCGCCCAGGGCAGAGGGAAUCCCUGCCGGGGGGGGGGAAGGGGGGGGAGCAAGCACAUGAUGUAGGGCAUCGCUUUGGGGAACGGUGAAAAUGCUGCGGCGUCCGGGCCCGUCCCUGGGCAUCCAGUUGGACGUCACUGUGACCCCGAGGUCCCAUCAGUCAGUCCCAGAACCGUCCUGUGGGGCAGCGAAAGGUGCAAAGCUGCACGCAAAAGCUGCCUCUGGGUGGAAUAAACUAAAUCAAAUGCAGACUCUAAGUAACACCUGCAGGAACUUUGACCAAAGACGUGGUUGAGCGUAGGAUUUGGGCAAAGCCAGCGAUGGCUGCUUCCCGCCGGUGCCCUCAGUGCUGUCGCCCAAGCAAAUUACACUGAGGAUGUCGCAAUUUGGGCAGAGCCAUCCUGCCCUCCCGGUGUGCCAUCUCGGGGGGGCUUGGGCUGCUGCCCCUCCCCGCCCUCGUCCCAAAUUCCCCCCAGUUCAAUGAGCAGCCGGGGAGGAAGCGUUCCAGAGGUCCGGCCUCCCUCAUCCCGAAUGCCGCUGCUGCUCCGUCCCUGUGCGCAGCUCCGCUGGUCGCUGUUCUUGUUCCUGACUUGAGCCGGGAUUAUUUCGGUUCUGCUUUGGAACUUUAUUUUUGCGUUAACAACUGCAGGCGUCGCCGACCCGAAGGCUGCAGAACUGCGGGGUUUUCAAGAUCCCGUUGUUCACGGCAACGUUUGUGUCGUUGAAGAAGUCGCUGCAGCCUUGUUCUGAAGCUCGUAGCGACUGGAGCCUGUGGAGCGGGAGGGCUUUGUCCCACUGCUUUAGACGGAGAUGAGCUCACAAAUUGGUGAAGAAGCUCUAAAAAUUAAUUAUGAAACAGAA